UCUGCUUUUUGCGGCUCUCAAAGUUUGUGUCCUGCAGAUACACGUUUAUGGAGCCUUGUAGACACUGUCACGCGCAUGUAAAACAUGAAGCCAACGCUUCUCUUUCUGUUCAUCAUUUGGUUUGCAGAUGCUGAACUAAAGCCACGGAAAGGUCGUGGAGUCGUUUGCACUUUUAAAAACAAGACUUACAACCUGGGGGACAGUUGGCACCCGUAUUUGGAGCCCUUUGGAUUCAUGUACUGUAUGAGAUGUGUCUGCGCUGAGACGGGACAUGUGAAAUGUAGCACCAUCAGGUGUCCGGCUCUGUCCUGUGAUAACCCUGUGGUGGAACCUCAGCAGUGCUGCCCCAGAUGCACAGAUGAGCCAAAGUUCCCUGCUGCUCUCAGGGCCUCAGUGAAGACCUGCCGAUACAAUGGGAGCAUUUACCAACCAGGAGAAAGCUUCACCAAACAAGACCUGUUCCCCUCCAGACACAGGAACCAGUGUGUCCUUUGCACCUGCUCUAAUGGGAACAUCUUCUGUGGCCUGAAGACGUGUCCGCUGACCCCCUGCUCCUCCCCUGUGCCGGCCCCAGACACCUGCUGCCUUCUGUGUAAAGAUCACAGUGGCUCUGCGUCCAGCGAAGACGGAAACCAGCAACUCAACCGAGGCGUUAGGCAUUCAGUGGACCAGUGUCCAGGGGAGCAGACCCGGGUGCGGCCGGACCGUGCCACUGCUCCCCGGGUUAGGACUUCUCCUCAAAGUUUGAGCAAACUCAACCUCAAAGGGGCCUCAGAGACCACCGUGAAGAUCCUGCUGCAGCGGAAACACCAAAGAGCUUGUUUGUACAACGGAAAGACGUACUCGCAUGGAGACAUUUGGCACCCGGUUCUGGGGAAGGUCCUGGAAUGCAUCCUGUGCACUUGUACCGACGGCCUCCAGGACUGUAAACGCAUCACGUGUCCCACCCAGUAUCCAUGCAAGCAUCCCACAAAAUCACCAGGAAAAUGCUGCAAGACAUGCCCAGAGGCUAGAGCUGCAGACAACCAGACGCAGUGUCACAUGGGACAGAGAAGUAAUGUCCUUGUUUAUAAAGUGGAGUCUCCUUUAAACGUGGACAAUCCAGAAAGAAUGAAGAUCAUUGCAGCAGAAAGACAGAGUGAAGUAGAGGUGCUGAUGUGGAGGAGUGUAGAAGGAGUUUUACAAUUAAUGGAGAUGGAGGAUGUUCAAAGGAAAGAUAUAAAGGAUCAUCCAAAAAAUCAUACACUUCUGACAACAAUCAGCGAAGAGACAUGGACGAGUUUCAAGGAAGAAGCAAGAAAUCUGAACAAAGCCUCUCAGACGAUACUAUGUGUUGAUGGGAUACUAGAGAUUGUAAAGUAUUUAAACCCCAGGCAGACUGAAGGACUGUGUUCACCAUAACAUCACUUGACCAAUACAGCACAGCCCUCAUCAGGUGUGGACUGUCGUGCGUUAUGGCCAUAUGUUUUGAAUGUAAAAAUGUAUGUAUUGUAUAUUUAUUGCAAAAAAAAGAUGGCACCUAAUUUAAAGGUUUUUCAUUUUGAGAGUGAUGUUGCGUAAGGAUUACAAAGUCUUUAAAGUAAAAAUAGAGACUACUGUGGGUAUUUUUAUACAGGCGCUGUUGUUGUAGCUAGUCCAAUGGGAAUUUUAUUCCACAUACCUGAAAUAUCUUGUAAUGAAAGUGGAAGUUAUACUAAAGGGCUACUUUGCUGUGCUCAAUGUUGUGUUUGUAGUAACACAGCGCUCAGACGGGGCGGACUGAUAAACUUGAGUUUCCACUGGAGAUGAAAUGUUGUCAUAGUGAUCAAAUCAAAAACAGAAGUGUGGCAUCAUUCUACAAUUAUGUGCUUUGCUGGAAUACGAUCGCACACAAGAAUCGCCUUCACUUCAUAAUUUUCUGUUUUGUUAGUUUUAAAAUGGUAUUUAUGAUUGGUAACUGAUGCCAAAUUCACUGCAUUAAAAUUGUAAAAUUGUACAGACAUGGGGUAUUUAAAUAUUAAAAUACAAGUACAACAGAG